UCUCGGCAACGCAACCAGUAUGCCAUGUUGCCUGCAGUAGCCCUUCCCGUCCUUCCUUCUUGUCCCUCCUUUCUCCCACACUCCUCCUAAACCCGCUCUCGCUUCGUCAUUCUCCCUCCUCUAACUCGCCGCUCUCCCUCGCCAGGCCCUCAGCAUGGACGCGCUGCUCGAGAACGGCGGUUCGGAGCAGAGCCCUAGUCGCGCGCAGUCGGUCCUGCGGACGGCGCAGCUGCUCUACCCAGUGGUGCUGCUGCUGGCUUUCAUCAUCUCGGCCGGUGUGCACACCAUUGUCACCUCUAGGACCGAGGAGCAGCUGGUUGUCCCCAGUGUCAGGGGUCCCGGCGGGAAGCCGUUGCCAGUCACCAAGAAAAAGAGGGAGCAGGAGGCCUCGGAAGCCGACGAGGACAACAACGGCAACGAGGGCCUCGCUUGGACCGUGUUCCUGUAUCUCACGGGCACCAUAAUCUUGUCCUUCGUUGCCAAUGGCGCUGCAGUUGUCGCUCAUGCCAUGCAGUCUAGCAGGAAUGACGGACUCGACAAUGCGUGGUGGUGCGGCGAACAGACAAUUGUCUACAUUGUCGGGUCGACAUUCCUCUACCUUUACGUUCUCAUUACGCUCUUUGAGUGGAGAAACAGCCCAACUAUUGUCCACUUUAUCGUCUGGGUCCUCGGGCUCGUGGGCGAGAUGGUAAUCCUCGUCACCUUGAUCCUGACCAUCGCCGAUCGAAGAUACACGACGCUCGCUCCGAAACCCGACAACGGUACGGAAUUAUGGGACGUGGUCGACCUCGCCAUUGCAGGCGUCCGUCUUUGCCUGAUCGUUUCCCUGCUAUGCCUCUACGCCGCCGUUGCGAGUAGGAGGCGCCUGGAAAAGCGUCGGUUCCAUGACGAGGAGGCACACCGAUCCGAUGCGGACGAGGCGAGCCCGUUGCUCAACGGCAACGCGGGCUACCACAGCCAUGCUAAUGGACAUGCGACUCGCAACGUACACUACGGCAGCACAAACGGGACUGCCCGUCGCAAUAGCAGCCCAGAUGAACAGGACUACAAGCCCCAGGACGAGGGAACCGCGUUCUACAGACCCGACAAACUGCCACACAAGACAUGGUUCGAAUACUGCCGCGGAUACUCGGUCUUCUUCCCUUACUUGUGGCCUAGCAAGUCGGUCAGGCUGCAGCUCGUGGUCCUCUUGUGCUUCAUCCUCGUCAUUCUGCAGCGGGUGGUCAAUAUCCUGGUGCCGGCCCAGCUCGGUGUUGUGACGGAUGUCUUCGACAACAGCAAGGGCGGCGAUGCAGUGUGGUUGGAGCUUGCGCUCCUGAUCCUGUACAAGCUGCUCCAAGGACCGUCGGGCUUGCUCGGAUCCCUCCGCUCGAUCCUCUGGGUCCCAGUGUCCCAACACACAUACCGGGCGCUGACGACAGCGGCUUUCGAACAUGUGCACUCGCUUUCGCUCGACUUCCACCUAGGGAAGCGCACGGGCGAGGUACUUUCGGCACUCAACAAGGGCGCUUCUAUCAACCAAUUCCUUGAGCAGGUCACCUUCCAAGUGGUGCCGAUGCUGGUCGACCUCCUGGUCGCGAUCGUCUACUUCUACGUCAAGUUCGGACCCAUGUACGCCCUUUUUGUCUCCAUCAUCACCUUCUACUACCUCUACUUGACGAUCCGCAUGGCCGCGACUCGGGCUGAUCAGCGGCGCGACAUGGUCAACGCGGACCGGGAGGAGGAGGCUGUCAAGAACGACUCGAUCAUGUCGUACGAGACGGUCAAAUACUUCAAUGCAGAGAGGAGGGAGUUUGACCGCUACGGCGACGCCAUCAAGAAGUUCCAGGAAGCCGAGGCCAAGGUGACAUAUGGCAUCAACCACAUGAACAUGGCGCAAUCGGUCGUGUUCAUGUGCGGCCUUCUGGUCGCCUUGCUCACUUGCGGCUAUCAGGUGUCGCGCGGCGAAAGAAGUGUUGGUGAUUUCGUCCAAAUCGUGACGUACCUCAACCAGUUGCAGGGCCCUCUCAACUUCUUCGGCACCUUCUACCGGACGGUACAAUCAGCUAUGAUCUCGGGCGAGAGAUUGCUCGAGCUCUUUAAGAUUCAGCCGACUGUUGUCGACAAGCCCGGUGCGGAACCGCUCCUGGAGUGCAGCGGACGCAUCAAGUGGAGCAAUGUCGGCUUCUCAUACGACAAGCGCAGGACUGCACUGCGUGACUUGUCCUUCGAGUGCAAACCUGGCACCACGACUGCGUUUGUGGGAGAGUCCGGGGGAGGCAAAUCGACCGUGUUCCGCCUCAUGUUCCGGUACUAUAAUUGCGGGGAGGGGAGCAUCGAGAUUGACGGCCACGAUGUUAAGGACCUAACGAUCGACUCAGUGCGCCGCUUCAUCGGUGUGGUCCCGCAGGAUACCCUCCUAUUCAACGAGAGCUUAAUGUACAACCUGAAGUACGCCAACCCGAAUGCCACCGAUGAGGAGGUCUACGAUGCCUGUCGGGCCGCUGCUAUCCACGAUCGCAUCAAGAGCUUCCCCGAUGGCUACGCCACUAAGGUGGGCGAGCGCGGACUUCGGUUGAGCGGCGGCGAGAAGCAGCGUGUCGCGAUCGCACGCACCAUCUUGAAGAACCCCAAAAUCAUCAUGCUGGACGAGGCUACCUCGGCUCUCGAUGGCGAGACUGAACAGAAGAUCCAGUCCAAAUUGAUUAGCGGCAAGUUUGGUCAGGAUCGAACCCUGUUGAUUAUUGCCCAUCGAUUGUCGACCAUCACCCAUGCCGACCAGAUCAUUGUCCUUCAUGCCGGCACCGUGGUGGAGCGGGGCACGCACCAGGAACUUCUCGCGCUCAAUGGCCGUUACGCGGCCAUGUGGGAGAAGCACUGCCGCGCCGAACGCGCUGCCGAGCACGCGCGCGAUGCGACCCGGAAGGCUAAGAAGCUCCUGAGUCAGGCGAACAUUGCUCGGCCCGGCGAAAUCUCCGACGGCUACAACAGCAUGGUUUCGUCAACCAUCUUGCCCACUGCUCCUCAUAGCCCGACCGCCACCGCUACGGACACGCAUGACUCGGCAUCCAUCACCUCGAGCGAGAGCAGCAGCAGUUCGUCAAAUGAAGGUUCCUCGAGCGGUUCGGAUGGCACCCUCCAAGACGAAGCAUGUGAAGAACACCAUCCUGUCGGCCAUCCGGGCGGGCAUCUCGAUGUACCCCGCCCACCAUUAUACUCGUUUCCAUCGGAAUCGUCUGCCGGCCGCUCGAUGGAUAUACCCAGGUUUACCUGAACCUACCUUGGCUUUAGAUCUGUUCCCGGCAAAACUAAUACGCCGGGGGGCGCUGGACUUGGACACGGGAUAACCGACCACUUCUCCAGCAGCUCCUGUAGCUGCUGCUUUUUCUGUUACAACGUCACAAACGGCGUCACUAAUUCCGGCACCAACCCAGCGAGGCAACGCCUCAACUUUAAUCCCGUCGACGAAGACAAGGAGAUGACUUAACAGUAUCUUUAC